UCAAAACCAAAACAGAGCUUGGUUUAUUUGACUUCCUGUAUUGAAAUGAGCCGUUUGCAAAUAAUGGUUUGUUGUGGAUCCAAUCAUUAUCUCACCUAUUUCAAGGCUUCUCUUAACAUGGUCGGUGUUUUAAGUGAUGGGGCAUUCAUAGUAUGAGUCGGGCUGUUAUUCAGAUUGUCCCAGAAUGCAAAUCUGUACAGGUCCUUUUUAUUUUCACUUUCACAAUCAAGUCGGACAGAUAACCUGACAGAAACUACUGACUUCCUGCUUUUUCUCAGGCGUGAGGAUGACGACGUUAACUGUCACCAUCUUGGUGCUCCUGCAUAUAUCCUUUGCCCCAUCUUUGGCGGCACAGCUUCCAGGAGUCCAUGAUACCACUGACAAGUCUUCCUUACCUCUACCUCCCGUCGCCACUAAUGACCAACCUUUCCCCUGGAUCCACAUGAGACUUCCUGAAACUGUCUCUCCAAUCCACUAUGACCUCCUCGUCCACCCUAACCUGACCAGCCUAGACUUCACCGGAGCUGUGCAGAUUCAACUCCAGGUCUUCGAGGACACCUCUACCAUCAUCCUACACAGCAAGGAACUCCAGAUAGCUAAAGCUGAGCUCUUGGCACCGGAAGGUCCAGGGUCACUGCCAGUGCCUCUGCGGGUGUUGGAGUACCCAGCCUUCCAUCAGCUAGCUCUGAUGUCUGAUGUGCUGCUGGUCAGAGGUGGGAUGUACACGGUUCGUCUGGAGUUCUCUGCCAACCUGUCUGACAGUUUCCACGGUUUCUACAAGAGCUCCUAUCGCACAACCAAGGGAGAGGUCAGGUUUAUGGCGUCCACUCAGUUUGAAGCGACCAGUGCCCGAGCAGCCUUCCCCUGUUUCGAUGAGCCGGCGUUCAAAGCCAACUUCACCAUCCAGAUACGGCGUGAGUCACGCCACAUCGCCCUCUCCAACAUGCCCAAGGUAAAGACAGUAGAGUUACCAGGUGGCGUGCUGGAGGACCACUUUGACACCAGCGUUAGGAUGAGCACCUACCUGGUGGCCUUCAUUGUCUCUGACUUCCAGUCUGUCAGCAAGACCACCAGUCACGGAGUCAAGAUCUCAGUGUAUGCUGUACCAGACAAGAUCGACCAGACAGACUUUGCCCUGAAUGCUGCAGUCAGAUUGUUGGACUUCUACGAUGACUACUUUGACAUCCCAUAUCCUCUACCCAAACAGGACCUGGCAGCUAUCCCAGACUUCCAGUCGGGUGCGAUGGAGAACUGGGGUCUGACCACAUACCGAGAGGCUGGGCUGCUCUUUGACCCCAACAAGAGCUCCGCCUCUGACAAGCUAGGCAUCACCAUGGUGAUCGCACAUGAGCUGGCACACCAGUGGUUCGGUAACCUAGUGACCAUGCAGUGGUGGAAUGACCUGUGGCUCAAUGAGGGCUUUGCAAAGUUCAUGGAGUUUGUGUCAGUUAACAUCACCAACCCUGAGCUGCAAGUGAAUGACUUCUUCCUAGGGAAGUGUUUUGAGGCGAUGGAGGUGGAUUCAUUAAGCUCCUCCCACCCCGUUUCCAGCCAGGUGGACACUCCUACUCAGAUCCAGGAGAUGUUUGACGAUGUCUCCUAUGAUAAGGGAGCGUGUAUUUUGAACAUGCUGAGAGACUUCCUGACCCCAGAGGCAUUUAAGAUUGGUAUUGUCCGCUACCUCAGACGUUACAGCUAUCAGAACACUGUCAACAGCCAUCUGUGGGAGAGCCUCACUAACAUCUGCCAGUCAGAUGAUCUGGAUGAGGGCAGACUGAAAGACGAGGGGUUCUGUUCUCAGGAAAAGGCCCAGUCUGGAGCUCCUAAGUGGUACUCAGGCGAUUCAGGCUGGAUGUGAGGCGCCAUCAAUGGACCACGUUGGACGCUGCAGGAGGGGGUUCCCCUCGUGUCCACUGUAGAGGUCAGGGGUCGUCAGGUCAGACUUCAGCAGGAGAGAUACCUCAAGACUGACGCAUCCCUCACAGCACACACGGCCUUCCUGUGGCAGGUUCCUCUGACCUACAUCACCAGCAGCUCCAGCACAGUGCAUCGCUUCCUGCUCAAGACCAAGACAGACGUGCUGUACCUACCAGAGGAGGUGGGGUGGGUCAAGUUUAACGUGGAUAUGAGUGGUUACUACAUGGUCCAUUACGAGGGGGAAGGCUGGAGUUCUCUGACCUCCCUACUGCUGACCAAUCACAGGGCUCUGAGCUCCAACGACCGCGCUUCCCUCAUCAACAAUGCCUUCCAAUUGGUCAGUGUUGGUAAGGUAGGACUGGACACAGCCUUGGACCUGUCUUUGUAUCUGUCCAAGGAGACAGACAUCAUGCCUGUCACCCAGGGUCUGGGGGAGCUGGUCCCUCUCUACAAACUGAUGGAGAAGAGAAACAUGGAGGGUCUGGAGAACCAGAUGAAGGGCUACAUCGUGGAGCUGUUCCGGGGUUUGAUAGACCGUCAGACGUGGAGUGACGAGGGGUCUGUUUCCCAGAGGGUUCUAAGGAGCUACCUGCUGCUGUUCGGCUCUGUCAGGAACCAUCCCCCCUGUGUCGCUACCGCCACACACCUCUUCAACAAGUGGAGGGCCUCCGACGGCAACAUGAGUCUCCCCAGUGAUGUCAGCUUGGCGGUGUUUGCCAUUGGUGCUCGGGACCCCGAGGGGUGGGAUUUCCUCUUUGAGAAGUACCGCGAUUCGCAGCACACAUCUGUCAAGAGCCGCAUCAAGUCUGCCCUGUCCAUCAGCCCUCUGCAACACAAGCUAAAGCGGUUAAUGGAGCAGAGUCUCGCGGGCGAGGUGAUGAAGACUCAGGACCUUCCUCAUGUGGUCAUCUCUGUCAGCAGGAACCCCAAAGGGUACAAGCUGGCCUGGGACUUCCUCAGACACAACUGGCACACACUGGUGAAGAAGUUUGACCUGGGGUCCCACUCUAUCUCAGGCAUGGUGACCGGUGUGACCAACCAGUACUCCACCAGGGAGAUGCUGGACGAGGUUCGCGGGUUCUUUGACUCUCUGUCUGAGGAGACAGGUUCUGGUCUGAGGUGUAUCCAGCAGACAUAUGAGAGCAUUGAGGACAACAUCCGCUGGAUGGACCAGCACCUGCCCCAGCUAAAGGCCUGGCUGGACAGACAGGCCCAGGGAGCCAGGACAGAGACACGGGGCCACGAGGAUCUAUAGGCCUUCUAUGCAGUACAGGGAGGGGUCUAGAGCAGGGUUCCCCAACUGGCGGCCCGCAGCUGGUUUUAUUUGGCCCCCCAAGUUUUCUGAGAAAAUAAUUGUA